ACCUCAAUAACUUCAACUAACCUAAAUUAAAAUCUGAAAAAAUAGUUUUUGUACUGUAAAUUUACUAUGCUUUAGUUGAAACGAGAACAUCACGCCCUACCAUCGUCUAAUCUGCUCAAAUUGUAUUUUUGCAAAAAAUCGAAACGUCAUUUUUGACGUGAAAAAGUUAGGUUAGAGAAGACCAAAGUUUCAAAGCCUUUGUGAGACUCCUGGAACUAUAUUUUGGCAACCAAAAUGUCAACUUUGGAGUAUUCCGAAUCACUUCGAACAUGGAGAAGAUCUUCAUGGAAAAACGUCCACAACUGUAAACUGUGUCCCUAUUUUACAACAUCGGUUUUCUUAAUGGUGAACCACGUGCGACGUCACCGUUCAUCUCAGGAAAAAUAUACGUGUGAAAACGCCAAAAUUGAAGAGUAUUAUUGUAAAGACUGCGAUUUUAGAACAGAGCUAACGAUUCUGUUCAAACAACACAUUAAAAAAAAUCACGGUGUUAAAAGUGAAUCUGGGGACGAUUUAUCACUCCAGGACUUCAGUGUACGAAAUUACGUCUGCGAAAAGUGCGAUUUUGAAACAAAUCUGUCCUUGAAGUGGGGCCAACAUACUUCAGAAUGCACGGGAAAAAGAGAAAGUCUCCAAAGCAAGCAAAGUGGCGAAAUACGUUGGUAUUACUGUGCGAAGUGUCCCUACAAAGGUAAACUUGAAAGGUAUUUACAAAAUCACGUAAAAAAACACGAUUUGAACAGACAGUAUCCAUGCAACUUGUGUCCAUUUAAUAGUAAGUAUAAAUGUGCCUUAAAAAUGCACACAAAACGGAAGCACUCUGAUGAAAAAGAUCUUGAAUGGUACAAGUGUGAAAAAUGUCCUUACAAAACCAUUACAAAAGGUCAUUUUAAUGUUCACUCAAAAGUACACUUGAAAGAAGAUGAAGUUAAAUGGUACGAGUGCAAUGACUGUUCAUACAAAAGUAAGAGUAAAUAUACCUUAAAGAAGCACGUAACUUUUAUACAUCUAGAUGAAGGACAAAUUAAGCGGUAUGAAUGCGAACAGUGCCCAUUUAAAACUAAAGCUAAAAGAUAUUUAAAAAGCCACGUGAAUAAAGUCCAUUUAAAGAAACAUAACACUGAAUCGCAUAUGUGUGAAAAGUGUUCAUUUAAAACCACAUCCAAACAGAGUUUACAACAACACGUAAAUUUGUUUCACGUGGAUGAAAAAGACACUAAUUGGUACGAAUGUAAUGAGUGUCCAUUCAAAACCAAUGUAAUAUAUUUAAACAAGCAUGUCGAUGGAGAACAACUAAAGAAAGAAACAAUUAAGUUGUACGAGUGUAAACAUUGCCCCUUCAUGACUAGUUGGCCUCCGGAUUUACGAAAGCAUGCGAUUACUGGACAUUCCGACGACAAUGGAGCUAAGUGGCACCAGUGUGAAAAAUGUUCGUACAGAACUAAAUCGAUUUCAACUUUGAAUAAACACAGAAAUGUUGAUCAUUUAGAGAAAACAAAAUGGUAUGAAUGUACGAAGUGUCCGUAUAAAAGUAAAAUAAAAUACUAUUUAAAACAACAUGUAGACUCGCAUUUGGAGGUGAAACCGUAUGAGUGCGAAUAUUGUCCAUAUGCAUCGAAACGUCGUACGAAUUUACAGCGUCAUUUAAAGUCACAUGAAUCACAUCCAUCCACAAAGUAAAGAUGUAUUUUUACACUAAAUAAAUAUUAUUUAAAAAUGUU